AUGGCAAAAUCCAACCGAGAAGUAGUUUCUCUUAUGAAUCCAAAUGUGGGUAUGGUGGAAACACAAGUUUAUGAUUUCACUAGGAUAAAUUUCCAGGAGUUACAUGGAUCCAAGUUGGAUGAGAAUCAUCAAGUGUUCAUUGAAGGCAUCCAAAGGAUUGUUGAUAUCAUGGGAGCGUUAUUGGUAGAAAAGGAGGAUUUGGCCGCUUACCAGCUUAAGGGAGUACUUAAAUUUGGUUUGAUCAAUAUAAGGGAGAGAGAUCUAGGAAUGUUGGAAGAGAAACUUAACAAAAAGGCUCGGGAGUCAAAGAGGGAAAAUAUCGAUUGUGGUGACAUUUCACACUCAAAGACCGGUAGUGGUGGCCGUCAACAGUUUUGCCAAAAGUCCUCUGGUCAAAAUUCUUCUAACACUCUGACUCCAAAGUUCAACAAAUAUAGGGCAUAUAACCCUAGGCCUCAAGGAGUAUCUUCUAGUGGUCAGACUAUCCCUGCAUGCAAGAAGUGUGGGAAGAGCCAUAGAGGAGAGUGCUUGGCAGGCUCGGGUGUAUGCUUUGGGUGUGGUAAGAUGCGUCACCAUGUGAAAGAUUGUCCUUCUGUUGCUACUAGAGAUGGAGGUGGUCGUCCCUAG